UGCGCUUGUUGUUCAGCGGCGGCGGCUGAGCUCGGGUGCAUCCUCGGGCCUGCCGCCGCCGCCGGAGCGCUCGGCCAUGGAGCUGGAGGUGCCGGACGAGGCGGAGAGCGCCGAGGCGGGGGCCGUGACGGCGGAGGCGGCCUGGUCUGCGGAGAGCGGGGCGGAGGCAGGUGGGACCCAGAAGAAGGCUGUCCUUGCAGAGGCCCCCUCGGUGACGGGGCAGCCAGGCCCUGGCCAUGGGAAGAAGCUGGGUCAUCGAGGUGUGGACGCAUCUGGAGAAACCACGUAUAAGAAGACCACCUCGUCCACUCUGAAGGGUGCCAUCCAGCUGGGGAUCGGGUACACGGUGGGCAACCUCAGCUCUAAGCCGGAGCGGGAUGUGCUCAUGCAGGACUUCUACGUGGUGGAGAGCAUCUUCUUCCCCAGCGAAGGGAGCAACCUCACCCCUGCCCACCACUUCCAGGAUUUCCGCUUCAAGACCUAUGCACCUGUUGCCUUCCGUUACUUCCGGGAACUCUUUGGCAUCCGACCAGACGAUUAUUUGUACUCGCUGUGCAAUGAGCCGCUCAUCGAACUGUCCAACCCCGGUGCCAGUGGCUCCGUCUUCUACGUCACCAGUGACGACGAGUUUAUCAUUAAAACUGUCAUGCACAAGGAAGCCGAGUUCCUGCAGAAGCUGCUGCCCGGCUACUACAUGAACCUCAACCAGAACCCGCGCACGUUGCUGCCCAAGUUCUAUGGCCUGUACUGCGUGCAGUCGGGCGGCAAGAACAUCCGCGUGGUGGUCAUGAACAACGUGCUGCCCAGGGUCGUCAAGAUGCACCUCAAAUUUGACCUCAAGGGCUCUACUUACAAGCGCAGGGCGAGCAAGAAGGAGAAGGAGAAGAGCCUGCCCACCUACAAGGACCUGGACUUCAUGCAGGACAUGCCCGAGGGGCUGCUGCUGGACGCCGACACCUUUGGUGCCCUGGUGAAGACCCUGCAGCGUGACUGCCUGGUGCUAGAGAGCUUCAAGAUCAUGGACUAUAGCCUCCUGCUGGGUGUGCACAAUAUCGACCAGCAGGAGCGGGAGCGCCAGGCCGAAGGUGCCCGGAGCACGGCCGAUGAGAAGCGGCCGGUGGCACAGAAGGCCCUGUACUCCACGGCCAUGGAGUCCAUCCAGGGUGGCGUAGCCCGUGGGGAGGCCAUCGAGACGGACGACACGAUGGGUGGGAUCCCGGCUGUGAACGGGCGUGGGGAACGGCUGCUACUGCACAUUGGAAUCAUUGACAUCCUGCAGUCCUACAGGUUCAUCAAGAAGUUAGAACACACCUGGAAGGCCCUCGUCCACGAUGGGGACACCGUCUCUGUCCACCGGCCCAGCUUCUAUGCCGAGCGCUUCUUCAAGUUCAUGAGUAGCACAGUCUUCCGGAAGAGUUCAUCCCUGAAGUCCUCUCCAUCCAAGAAAGGGCGUGGUGCCCUGCUGGCGGUCAAACCCCUGGGACCCACAGCAGCUUUCUCAGCCAGCCAGAUCCCCAGUGAGAGGGAAGAGGCGCAGUAUGACCUGCGGGGGGCCCGCAGCUACCCCACACUGGAAGAUGAAGGCCGGCCUGACCUCCUUCCCUGCACCCCACCAUCCUUUGAAGAAGCCACCACGGCCUCCAUCGCUACCACCCUGUCAUCCACUUCCCUCUCCAUCCCAGAGCGCUCUCCUUCCGAGACGUCAGAGCAGCCCCGGUACAGGCGGCGCACACAGUCUUCAGGCCAGGACGGCCGGCCCCAGGAGGAGCCCCACGUGGAGGACCUGCAGAAGAUAACAGUCCAGGUGGAGCCAGUGUGCGAUGUGGGGAUUGUGGUUCCCCAGGAGCAGGGUGAAGGAGUGGAGGCUCCCCCGUCUGGGGCAUCGGCUGCAGCCACUGUGGAAGUGGAUGCCACCAGCCAGGCCUCAGAGCCCGCCAGCCAGGCCUCGGAUGAGGAGGACGCGCCCUCCACAGACAUCUAUUUUCCCACCGACGAGAGGAGCUGGGUGUACUCCCCGCUCCACUAUAGCACGCGGCCCGCCUCCGGCGAGAGCGACACAUAACUUCUAUGCAGUCCCCAGUCUGGAGCCCAGUGUCCUUCUGCCACCCCAGCCACUUCUUGGAGGCGCUUGACCCCCACUGGGGCCCAGAGUUCAGCGACAUCACCCCGAAGGCCCUGGCCCAACCUCGUUCUUGCCCUCCCCACCGACAGAUGCCAUCCCAGGAUAGCUUGGGCCACCAUCUGCCGCUACCUGUGCCUGUUUGGGGCGGCAACAUCCGGAGUGCCCGGGUUUGUAUUUAUUUUGGGUCCUUUUUUGCACGGAGAGGGAGCACAGGAGCAAUUUUCCAGGAGAGAGACGGAAGACAGGAAACCAGGAAGAGGCCGCAGCCGCUGGCCUUGGCCGAUCAGACCCUACAUGACCUCCUGCUUUUGGGGACCUGCCCCAGCGACACUCUCUCCAGGGCUCUCGUGGUGGCCUGCAGAAGGGACAGGCCCGGGAGCCUCUACUUGCUGUACCAGAUCUGUGCUCCUGAGCUGGACGAGGCAGAGCCCCUCCAUCACCUCAGGUUUGGGACCCGAGAAGACCAGGAUGAGCCAUGCCCUGUGGACUUUGUGCAUCUUUUCAAACUGCCACAGGAAGGAUGACCCAAAGCACGAAUGUCCUGCAGUUACAAUCACACCUGGCGCUGACUGGGGGCAGCCACGCUGCCUGCCUCCCAUCCCCAUGAAACCCUGAGUUGGGGGUGUGGUUUCUCUCAACUUUCAGGGCAUUCCCCUUCAGAGCAGACCCUGCCCUGAGAAGAGCAGGUGGGGCUCACCCUGGCUGAAGACAACCAGAGCCAACCCGUGUCCACUGCACCCCACGGAGAGGGAGCUGUCCCUUCCCUGGGCAGACGCCCGCCUCCACCCACAUGGGACUUCUGGGAAGUAGUAUGUUGGGUACAGUACCACCCUGCCCCUGCUUCAUAGACGCUCCACCCACUACGUUUUGGUAGGAGUCAAGCGGGACCAGCUGCCAGCCAGGCUGCAGCUCCAGUACACAGCCCGGACCCAUGGGCCCCUGGGUUGCACUGGCAGGGACAUAGAGUCAGGACCUGGCUAGCUUCAAGGGACCACAGCAGGCUAGUGGAGGCAGUGAGGAGUGACUCGGCCCUUGCUGCAGUGUUGAUGGCCACAGUAGGAGGGACAGAUAGGGAUACCUGCCACAGUUCCAUGUUUGUUAGGUCUCAGAGCCCCUCCACAGGUCUGUGUUGCUUGCUGAUGGGACCCGCAAGUGGCGAGUGAAAACCCAUGUGGUGAGCCACUGACUUCCAGCCUGCAUUGUGUCAUGUUUGUCAUUCCUCGUCUUGGAAGGCUAAGGCAGGAGGACUGUGGCAAGUUCCAAGCUAGACUGGGCUACAGAGUGAAAAGACCAAUAGAGAAAGAAAAAAAAAAUCAGAGGGGUGGAGCUGCUGGUGAGUGGGCAGAGCCCACCGGGGUAGCAUGAGCUCUGGGUUCCAUCCCAGCACUCAGAGACCAGAUGGGGUGACAAAACUGUCACCCAGCCCCGGGAGGUGGAGACAGGAGCACUUCAAGGUCGUCCUUGCCUAUAUAUCCAGUCGGAGGCCAGCUUGGGCUACAUGAGACCCUCUCAAAAAAUCUGUAAAUAUUUGUGACUCCCAUUCCGUACCCCAAUCCUGUUCUCUCCAACGGCCGCUAUCGCCCCACCGUGGACGGCGUGUGAACUGUACUGUAAGGACCAGCGGCACCUCCACGGCUGAGGUGUCCUUGUCCGUCUCUGUCCUCCCCACCCCCCAGCCAUCCCAGCAAGACCCCUGUCCAGCCCCACAGCAACCUCAGUGCAAUAUGCCCUCCCCGUGGGGUCCCUUGGCACGGUACUGUCUCCGCAGUCCUUCCGUUCCCCCGCCCCCACCUCCUCUCUCCGGUGGUUAAAAAUCGCAUCGCACACCCUCACCCCGGUCCUGUUUUUAUUGCUGAAUCCAUUCUGAAAACUACAAACCUCGUGUGUCUUACUCAUCAGGGCGAGGGAGUCCCGGAUCCUCAGCCCCAGCUGUCUGGUGUGUGACAAUCCAAGCACGGUGUCCCCCGGCACCAAUCGGGGCCCUGUCCCUCCAGUGCAGCCGCUGCUGGCCGAAGCCAGCAUCCAUACGCAGCCCAGGUUCCCGCCCCACCCGCCACAGCCCCUCUUUUUAAGUUGAGGUCUCUAAUAAAUCGGAUAUAAACA